AUGCAGCAAGAAGAGGAACAGCUGAGAUGUCCAAAACAUGGGAAGAAGCUGUACUACUUCUGUGAGGAAGAUGGUGAAUUCCUCUGUGUGGUUUGUUGUAAUUCUAAGGUCCACAAAUCCCAUAAAUACAGCCGGAUAAAAGAAGCUGCCAAGCAUCACCAGGAACGGAUCCACUCAGAAUUCGAGUGCCUGCGGCAGAUACUGAAGGAUGAAGAGAACUUCCUCCUGUCCAGCAUUGAGCGCCUGGAGGAAGAGGGCACCAAGGAGGGUGAACACUACAACGCUGCCACGCAGGCACAGCUCAGCUCUCUCAAGGCUCUCAUAGAUUCCCUGAAGGCCAAGCAGCAGAUGCUACCCAGAGAGCUGCUACAGGACAUUAAAGGUACCUUGCAAAGGAGUGAGGUGGUUCAGUCUCAGUUUCAAAGCAAAACCCCAAUUCCUCUGGACCUGCAGAAACAACUCAAGAAAGUAAAGUCCAGAAAUGACUGCAUCAUCAGGAGCCUGAGGAAAUGUGGAGAUGAGAUCCAGGAUGACAGGAAGAAAGACCAAAGCAAGUUCCUCCAAGAUGCAAGAACAACUCACAAGCAGAACGCCCCUGUGACCUUCGAUGAGGCCUCAGCCCACAUCGGCCUCAAUAUUUCCAAGGACCUGAAAACGGUAACAGUGAGCAUGAUCCCUCAAAAGCACUCAGAGGAACCAGCGGAACCACAGCGCUUCUAUCCAUCCCGUUGUGUGCUGGGUUCACCAGGCUUCUCCACUGGCCGCCACACCUGGGAGGUUGAGCUCAGUGGGCCCAUUGGCAGGGCUUGCAUCUUGGGCGUGGCCUGGGAGCAGGUACCCCGCAAGGGCAACCUGGCCAUGGAACCCGCAAGCGGCUUCUGGGUUCUGCAAAUCACCAGUGCUGUGUGCCAGGCGCUCACUGAGAGGAACUCAUGGAAGACCCUCUGCUUCUGCCCCAAGAGAGUGAGUGUCUGUCUGGAUCUUGAGGGCGAGGAGGUCACCUUCUAUGAUGCAGCCACCAAGGACCACAUCUACACUUUCCACACCUCCUUCCCGGGAAAAAUCUUCCCUUUCUUCAUGCUGCUGUUCUCAGGUUCCCAGAUCAGCGUGAGCCCCUAG